AAUUCAAAUAAUCAAAUAAAAAGUCAAUGUCAUUUCCCUUUGUUCCUACUCUUCUUCUUCAUCUACCUCCUCUUCCUCUUUCAAUUCUCCCCAAUUUCUUGGUUUUCCUCUCUACACUUUUUCAGACAAACAUUGUCCCCAUAUGUUUGGAUUCACGUUAGAUGAUUUGCAACCACGUUGCUCCCUUUAACCCAACCACUUCACCAUGUCAAGUUUGGAGGAACCACUUGGUCUUGACAAGUUACCAAGUAUGAACACCAUUGAUAGGAUUCAGAGGUUCUCAUCUGGGGCUUGUCGUCCCAGAGUAGAGAAUUUGGGCAUGGGAAACUGCUGGAUUGAAGGACGAAUUUGCAGCACAUCUAACAGCUGCAAUGAAGAUGAUGAAGAGACAUUCCCAUGGAAAAGACAAACAAGAGACUUAUCCCAAGAUAACUCCUUCACUCAGAAGACUAUGACCAAAGGGAGGAAAUCAAUGAAAUUUGGGAUGACUGAUGAUUCAUUCUCUGAUAGCCAAAGCAGUCCAAAAUGCUAUACCAAAGAUUUGCAAGGUUUGGCAUAUAAGUUUCUGAACAAUAUACCAAAGUUUGUUAAGAUAGUAGAAGUUGGUCCAAGGGAUGGAUUACAAAAUGAGAAGAACAUUGUGCCUACAGCUGUAAAGAUUGAAUUGAUUCAUAGACUAGCUUCUACAGGGUUAUCUGUUAUUGAGGCUACAAGUUUUGUGUCUCCCAAAUGGGUCCCUCAGUUGGCUGAUGCAAAGGAUGUAAUGCAAGCGGUAAAUAACUUAGGAAGCAUCAGAAUGCCAGUUCUGACCCCUAAUUUAAAGGGUUUUGAAGCUGCAGUAGCUGCUGGUGCCAGAGAAGUUGCUGUUUUUGCAUCAGCUUCUGAAUCAUUUUCAAAAUCCAACAUUAAUUGUAGUAUUGAAGAAAGCCUUGCUCGUUACCGAGCUGUUAUUCGUGCUGCUAAACAACUCUCAAUUCCUGUUCGAGGGUAUGUAUCAUGUGUUGUUGGAUGCCCGGUAGAAGGACUAAUCCCUCCCUCAAAAGUGGCAUAUGUUGCUAAAGAACUUCAUGAUAUGGGUUGCUUUGAAAUCUCCCUCGCUGACACAAUUGGAGUUGGCACACCAGGAAGUGUAGUUCCUAUGCUUUUGGCUGUGAUGGGUGUUGUUCCAAUAGAGAAACUAGCUGUCCAUUUCCAUGACACUUAUGGCCAAUCCCUUCCAAAUAUACUUGUGUCCCUUCAAAUGGGGAUUAGCAUAGUGGAUUCGUCAGUUGCUGGGCUUGGUGGGUGUCCAUAUGCUAAAGGAGCUUCUGGGAAUGUUGCGAGUGAAGAUGUUGUGUACAUGUUGAAUGGAAUUGGUGUGAAAACCAACGUUGACCUUCCAAAACUUGUGAUGGCUGGUGACUUUAUCAGCACCCAUUUGGGAAGGCCUUCAACUUCAAAAACUGCCAUUGCCUUCAACCGAGUCACAACUGAUUCAUCUUCUUAAGAGUUUAUCACUAAAGGAAUUUACAUUAUCAUGCUUCAACUACUCA